AACGACCUAUCAGAAACAUGGCGCCUAACUCAGCCCUGCAAGCAGCUAUAGACCUUACUGCUGGAGCUGUAGGUGGAACAGCUUGUGUCCUAGUUGGACAGCCAUUAGACACUGUCAAGGUAAAAAUGCAGACAUUCCCCACCCUGUACAAAGGACUUAUAGACUGUGGAGUGAAGAUUUACGAACAGUUGGGCUUCCGAGGAUUCUACAAAGGGACCAGCCCAGCCCUUCUCGCCAACAUUGCCGAGAACUCUGUGCUUUUCAUGAGCUAUGGCUUCUGUCAGGGGAUUGUGAGGAACAUUGCUGGCUUAGACAAAAGUGCAGCCCUAAGUGACCUCCAAAAUGCUGCUGCAGGCUCAUUUGCCAGUCUUUUUUCUGCCAUGGUUCUGUGCCCGACAGAGCUGGUGAAAUGCCGUCUCCAGGCCAUGCAUGAACUGCAAGUCUCUGGGAAGCUAUUACAAGGACAAAAUACAGUGUGGGCAGUGGUGAAAGGCCUCGUGCAGAAGGAAGGUCCCUUUGGCUUCUAUCAAGGUCUGGUCAGCACGAUAUGCAGAGAAAUGCCUGGGUACUUCUGCUUCUUCGGUGGAUAUGAGCUCAGCAGGUCAUUUUUUGCUUCAAAUGGAAAAUCAAAAGAUGAGCUUGGUCCAGUAGCAUUGAUGAUAAGCGGUGGGUUUGGAGGAACUGCCCUGUGGCUUGCUGUGUAUCCUCUGGACUGUAUCAAGUCCAGGAUCCAGGUCCUCUCCAUCACAGGCAAACAAGCUGGCUUUUUGGGAACAUGUUCAAGUAUUGUGAGAAAUGAAGGAAUCUCAGCAUUGUAUUCUGGACUGAAGCCUACACUGAUCCGUGCUUUUCCAGCCAAUGGUAUCCUCUUCCUAACCUAUGAGUACAGCAGGAAAUUGAUGAUGCAGCAUGCAGGGACCUAUUGAUCUUUAGCUCAUAUUGCUUGUGAGAAUAC